AUGAAGAUCGAAAUCGACUCCUUCUCGGGUUCCAAGAUUUACCCAGGUAGAGGUACCUUGUUUGUCAGAGGUGACUCCAAGAUUUUCAGAUUCCAGUCCUCUAAGUCUGCUUCUUUGUUCCACCAGAGAAAGAACCCAAGAAGAGUUGCUUGGACCGUCUUGUACAGAAGACACCACAAGAAGGGUAUCUCUGAGGAGACUUCUAAGAAGAGAACCAGAAGAACUGUCAAGCACCAGAGACCUAUUGUCGGUGCUUCUUUGGAGCAGAUCAAGGAGAAGAGAAACCAGAAGCCAGCUGAGAGAAAGGCCACCAGAGAGGACAGAUUGAAGAAGGCCAAGGAGGCUGCUAAGCUCAGAAAGGCUGAGAGAAAGGAGCAGAACGCCAAGUCCGCUGCUCAGGGUGCUCAGGGUAAGUUCUCUAAGGCCCAGCAGAAGGGUGCUUUCCAGAAGGUCCACGCUACCUCUCGUUAA